AAAUUGCUCAUGUCAAGUCAGAAGAGAAUGAAAAAGCUGCUUUAAACUGAUAUGAAAAGUAACUCAAAAAUCACUCAUUACAACAAGCGUAUAAGAAGAGUAUCUGAAUGUACAACACGUUGAACUUUGAAGUAGAUGGGGUACAGCAGCAGAAGCCACACCUAUCAACUGAGAAUCCAUCCUUCUUUAGCAACAUUUCAUGCUGCUGCUGCUGGUGUAAUGGCUUGAGGGAUAUUUUCUUGGCACACUUUGGAACCCUUAGCUUGAGCUGACAAUCAUUAGAGGCUACUUGAGUAUUGUGGCUGGCCAUAUCCAUCCGUUUAUAACCACAUUGCUGUUUCCAGCUUUGUGAGAUACCGUGUCACAAAGCUCAUAUUGUCUCAACCUGGUUUCUUGAACAUUAUGAGUUCACUAUAGCAUAAUGGACCAAAAUCUCCAAGGAAUAAUCCCAGCAUGUUGUUGAAUCUGUGCCACAAAGAACUGAGGCAGUUCUGAAAACAAAAGGGGUUCAAACCAUCACAAGUAAGGUGUACCUCAUAACUUGACUGCUGAAAGUGUACAUGCAUUGGAAACAUGAUGUUAUUUCACUUGACAUUGCAUAACUUAAAGUCUGCUGUUUCCCUACACAGAAACAUGCCUUCAUCCUUCAGAGGGACUCAUGGAAAAAUUGUCUACAAGCUAGAAGCAAAACUGUUAAGGAGCUGGAGGAUGAACAGUACAGCAGAGAAGGAGAUCAAAUUUGUCUCCAAAUGUGUUCCAAACCUUCAUUCUCUGAUGUCACCGCAAGUUGGUUCAACAAACAAAGAGAUGGGUUUUUUCUCAAAAGGACACGUACACAUGGAUGUAACUGUGGACAGGAUCGGUUACGCAGCAGGUGAAACAAUAGUGGUUCUUGCUAAAGUUGACAAUUCUUCAUCCAGUGACAUGACACCGAAAUUUAGCUUAAUACAGAAAGUCGUGUACCGUGCCAAUGGCAGAACCAAACAUGAGAAUACAGUUUGCCAUAAAGUUGCUGACAACUGUAUUAAACCAAAAACACGGAAGGAGCUCAGAUGUGAAAUAAAGAUUCCUAGUGAUUACAUGCUGACAAUCCAGAACUGUGAUAUUAUCUCAGUGGAAUACUGUUUAAAGGUAUAUCUGGACAUCAGCUUUGCUUUUGAUCCAGAGGUUCUGUGCCCAGUGGUCAUUUUACCUCCUGGCUUGGCUGUAGGUCCCUAUCCAACAGGUGCUAUUGGGGGUCCAAGCAACAGUGACUUCCCUCCCCCCACAAUGCCCAUGGGCCUUCAACCUAUGUCUCCACAUUCAGGCAGUUAUGGAUAUCCAGGAGUCCAACGCUAUUCAGCACCACCACCUAUAUACCCAAAUAACCCUGCUGUAUAUGGUGGACCAGCGGGUGUGCAAUCUUCUCAGCCAACACACAUGUUUGGAAGCUACAAUAACCCAGUGCCACAGGUGCCUUCACCAUAUGGAACUCCAUUUUCAUCUUCAUUAUCUUCUGUCCUGCACCCGCCACCACCCCCAACAGCACCACAACAAUUUUACCCACCCUCACCCCAACAAUUUCACCAAACCCCAUCUGCCCUUGAGAGCCAGCCAUCUCCUUCUAUUCAAUCUCCAUUACCUCCUGCGUACAACAUGCUGCCUUCUGCACCAGUGAUGAAUGUAGACUUCCUGUCUCAAUCAGAUGGAGCUCCUCCAUCAUACUCACUCCUUUUCCCAGACAAAUCUGAUGCAAAAUAACUGACUAAAUGCUAAAUGGUCAAUUAGUGAGUUAUUUAGUUAUAAACUAAACCUGUGUAGGUACAGAUUUGACAUUAGACCACCCCUAUUAUGUCUUGAACAUUUUUUUAUUAAAAUGAAAUUGUUAAUGUAUGCAGUAUUUAUCAUUUAGUCACCUAUAUACUGGGCAUAAAUAAGACUUUUGCACUGCAUGUGAUUUAAUGGGCAGGUCAGGUCGCUCAUUAACUUUGUACAGCUACUUACGCCUUAAUUACCAUGGUGCACUGUAUUUUGCAUUGUUCAAAGUGCAACAACAGUCAAAGCAUUUAAUACUUUUCCUACCUCUGUUAUAAAUAGUUAUUAUUAUAAAAUGUUACAAUAUUAUUUUUUGCAAACUGCCAGUUUUUUUCUCUGAGUUGUAGAGCUGAAUAAAGUUAUGUAAAGUUUAUUUUUGAAUGUUUGUGAAUAGUAGUAAUUAGUUAAUUUUUUUAUAUGGUAGAUCUCAUUCAUCUGAUUUUUUCAAUCUUAUCAAGCAACUCUUUUUAACAGUGUGA